ACGUACAUUAAUUAAACGUGUUUAUUGCUCACUUAUCUUAUCUUGACGUUCAGUGCCAAAUCUCCGAAUAAAACGAAUUCAGAGCCAACUUCAGUUGUCCGUGUGGUUUCAAUUGAGUUUCCAAUAUGAAGUUCUCAAUUAAUUUCGAAUGUUGGUACCAAAUAAAAGCGAUGACAAUUAGAAAUAUGCUCAUUAAACGGAGGGAAAUCAAAAAAACAAUGUCUGAAAUCGCGAUUCCAGUGUACACUUUAGGGCUUUUAGUUGCGAUAAAAUUGUUGAUACCCAAUCCUUAUUUUCCACCAGUAACAGUACCUCGAGAAUCUCCAGAUAUGUAUAACUAUUUGUAUGGAAAUAUAACUGUAGCGCCAUCAACUAAACACGUACAGAUUUUUUUAGAAAAAAUGAAUGAAAUUUGGAUGAAACGAGAUGGAGAGAACAUUAAUUUUAGUGUUUAUCAAAACAAAGAAGAUAUAUUUGAAAUACAGCGAAAUAAUCCGGAAAUGGUUUACAUAGCCUUAUUAUUCGACGACGAUCCUAUUAAAAAUCACUCGAUAAGCUAUAAGAUCCKUACAAAUCCGUUUUAUGAUUCAUCGCCAUCACCGUCUAAACUUCAUGGAUCCAGCCAUCAAUGUCGAAAAGUGUCAGCUAAUAAAUUAACGAAAAAGUUUCUCUAUCGACAUCACCAUAAUAACAAUCAGCACGAUGAAGAAAUAACAUGUCCAGCUAUUCAUUACAUAUACUCAGGAUUUCUAGCCCUUCAGACUUUAGUUGAUAUUACUAAGAUUUCUCUGGUCACUAAUUCAUCGAUAACAUUACCAGAUUAUAGUUUUGUACUUUUUCCUAAACCAGCAUAUACAGCAAAUUGGUUAAUGGUAUUUCAUAUGGUUAUACCUCUUUAUGUAGUGAUUGCUUUGUCACAAUUUAUCACAUAUCUUUUAGUACAGUUAGUUGGUGAAAAAGAAAGAAAAAUAAAAGAAGGUAUGGAAAUAAUGGGUCUUAGAGAAUUGGUAUUUUGGUGUUCAUGGUUCAACAUCUACGCAGCUUACGCUAUAGUACUAUCAUUAGCCAUUAUUUUCUUCAGUUUUAUGAUUUCUCCAUUCUUCGAUAAAUCCCGAACGGCUGGAAUACUGGGAAAUUUUGUACUGAAUUUGAUAAGCUUAAUGUAUUUUUUGCAUACUUUUAUCGACCCGUCAAGUAAAAAACUACUGUGGCUAGUAUCUUUAUUAAGUCCAUCUGGUUUUGCAUUAGCUGUUGAUAAAGCUAUGCAAAUGGAUUUGACUGGUGAAGGCCUUCAUUUUAAUAAUAUUUGGGAUGGUCCAGGAAUGUCAUUUGGCGAAAGUUUAGUAAUAAUGGCAUUUGAUACGCUUGUCUACAUGAUUCUAGCAUAUUAUUUUGAGAUGAUUUUGUCAAGCCAAUAUGAACGAAAUCGAUCUCUUUGGGUUUGUUUCAAAACUUCAUUUUGUAGUACCAAACUUCCAGAAUCCAUAGAAUUUGAUGAGAUCGAUAGAUAUUCCGUUGCAAAUCCUGACUUAGAACCUGUACCAGAUUGUAUGAAAGAGUUUAAGGCAAUUCAAAUAACAAACCUCUGCAAGUCUUUCAAUGGAUCAACAAAAAAUGUUAUAAAUGGUAUUAAUAUGACAAUAUACGAAGGAGAAAUAACUGCUAUCUUAGGACACAAUGGUGCUGGAAAAACAACGUUAUUUAAUAUACUGACGGGACUCACUGAACCAACAUCAGGCACAAUAAAAGUAUUUGGUUAUGAUGUUAGAAAUCCAUCUGAUGUGACUAAGAUUAGAAGAAUGAUUGGGGUUUGUCCACAAUAUGAUAUAUUGUUCGAACGGCUUACUCCAAGAGAACAUCUAAAAUUCUUUGCCACUCUUAGAGGACUGACUUCAGAAAAAAUUGAUGAAGAAGUUCAAAGAAUGCUUUUAGAACUUUAUUUAACAGACAAAGCAGAUAAUAUAGCAAAAACUUUAAGUGGAGGACAGAAACGAAAGUUGUCUGUUGGUAUUGCAGUAAUUGGAAAUCCGAAAAUCAUAAUACUCGAUGAACCUACUGCAGGUGUUGAUCCACCAGCAAGAAGACAUUUAUGGUCACUUCUCCAAAAGAGAAGAAAAGGAAAGGUAAUAUUGUUAACAACCCAUUUUAUGGACGAAGCUGACAUCUUAGCUAAUCGUAUAGCUGUUAUAUCAAAAGGUUGUGUAAGAUGUUGUGGUUCAUCUAUAUUCCUUAAAAAUAAAUUUGGUAUUGGAUAUCAUUUAACACUGAUUCUCAAUAACCAAUCAAAGGAAAAUUCCAUACUAAAAAUGAUUAAAGAACAUGUACCAAAUGCAGAACGAGCACGACGCCAUGGCUAUGAAUUAUCUUUUGUACUACCAUAUGACAGUGUGAGUAAAUUCCCGCUUCUGUUUGGACAAAUUGAAACAGAAAUUAAAUCUCCAAAUAAUGACUUGGGUAUUCAAAACUAUGGUGUAUCAAUGACUACGUUAGAAGAAGUAUUUUUGUAUCUUGAACAAGGCGAACAUAAUAAUGCUGAGAAGUUAGCAAUUGAACUGUUAAAAGGGCAGUCGGUAACAGAUUUUAAUAGAGGAUCAAUUGAUACAAUACAUAAUGUGACGGUGAGAUCAAGUAUAAUAUACGAUCCAACUAAUUGGAGUACAAUAAUUGCCCUUUUAAAAAUGCGAACCAAGAGAGUAUUACGAGAUGUUCAUAAGCUAUACGUCAUGAUAUUAUUACCUGUCGUAUUCUUAGCGACUGGAAUUAUCUUGAACAAAUUAAGUCAUGAAAUUCAGCCAAUACGAAGUAUCACUUUAAAUAAUGAUGUCUAUAAAGAAGAAAGUCGGCUAAUCGUAACUUCGGAAGAAUUAUCAAAUUAUUCAACACUAGAUUCAGACAUUUACGCUGGCACAUUUUCUGGAUUAUUAGAUUUGUCUCCUCAUUUAGGAGUCCUGCGAGAGCGGCAAACACAAAAUAUGACUUAUUCAUCAAUAUUAGCACUUACGAUAUAUUAUAAUGACUCAUGUAUACAUUCAUUGCCAAUAAUAUUGAAUUCUAUCACUAGUACUUUACUUGGAGAUCAAAUUGAUAUCAAAACAGAACCGUUUAAAAUGGAAUACAAGCAAAACGAGUACAGCUUUAGUCGUUGUUCAUCUGCAUUCUUCUUAGGCAUAGUAUUUGUUUUAGUUCCUGUGAGUUUAUCUGCUGAUCUAGUUUAUGAUAGAGAGAUUAAAGCCAAAAACCAGCUUCGUAUCAACGGUGUAACUUUUAUGCAAUAUUUCAUUUCAUAUUUUAUUCUUUUAAUUUCAAUGUUACUUGGCAUAUUCUUUAUACUAAUAAUUCUUAUCGCUUUAUUCCAUGUUGAAGGUUUGGAUACUCCUUUCGCAAUAACAACUAUGAUAAUAUUAAUUAUAGCAUAUUGUCCAGCAGCAAUAUUAGCUACUGCGUGUGUAUCAUAUUUUUUUGAAAAAACUGAUUCAGUGCAGUCUAUACUACCAAAUAUAACGUCAUUAAUUGGCGGUGUACCGUUCAUAAUAGUAGCUUCACUAGAUAUGCUGGGUAUUGUUAGUGAUUUAGGAUUUGCUCUUCACGUUCUGUUUUCUUCAACGAAUUUCGUCUACGUUCCUUUUGCCAUAAUUUACUUCAUAAAUAGUGUAUAUCGAGAAAACGAUGAUCAUGCCCCUUUUAUAAAAUAUGUCAAUAAAGAAAUAGUUGCAAUUUUCAUGGGUUGCAUAGGCCAGAUACCAGCAUUAUGGGUAAUUUUAAAAAUAUUAGAUUCUAAAUCAAAAAAUAAAAAAAUUUCAAAAGUUACUAUUGAUACUCAAGAUGAGGGUGACAGUGAUGUAAAAGCUGAACGGGCAAAAGUAGAUAAUAUUGUUAACGAUCAAGUGGAUUGGCCAGUAAUUGUUGUUCAGAAUUUAAAAAAAGAGUUCACAACUCAAAAUAUGAACUCAAGUAUAAAUUGUCUAAUAAAAAAAAAAAGAACAAAUACAAUUAAUGAGAGAAAACUUGCAAUCAGAAAUCUAUCGUUAGCUGUAAAUUCAGGAGAAGUUCUUGGAUUACUAGGUCAUAAUGGUGCUGGAAAAACCACAACUAUGCGUAUUAUCACCAUGGAAGAAAAAGAAUCAACAGGAAAAAUAUUUAUUAAAGGACAUGAUAUUCAAGAAUCUGUAGAUAUUGCAUAUAGAAUGAUUGGAUAUUGUCCUCAACAUGAUGCCUUAUGGAGUUCUUUAACAAUCAGAGAGCAUUUACGGAUAUAUGGUACUAUUCGAGGAAUCUCAAAAGAUCAAAUUAAAAAUAUUGUUGAGAAAUAUAUUGAAGGCCUUCAAAUAACUGAACAUGCAGAUAAACAGGUCAGUUGUUGUUCAGGCGGAACAAAACGAAAAUUAAGUUUUGCUUUAGCAAUGAUUGGAAACCCUAAACUGGUAUUGCUGGAUGAGCCUAGUACUGGUAUGGAUCCAAGGUCAAAGAGAUAUUUAUGGGAUGCUAUAAUUAGCAGUUUUCAAGGAUCCAAAGGUGCAAUAUUAACCACACAUUCUAUGGAAGAGGCAGAUGCGUUGUGUUCUAGAGUUGGAAUAAUGGUUAACGGCCAACUCAGAUGUUUGGGUUCUACUCAAUAUUUAAAAAACCUUUAUGGCGCUGGAUAUACAUUAGAAAUAAAAUUAAAGCCGCAUGGAGACAUGGAUGAUGUUAAAAGUUUUGUCAKAACAUCAUUUCCAAAUGCGAUUCCUGAAGAAGAAUUUGCUGAUCGAUUAGUUUUUGGAGUUCCUCAAUCUACAGUUGAAUCAUUAGCACAUUGUUUUUUAAAUCUUGAAAAUGCAAAAACUAUGUACGACAUUCAAGAGUAUAGCUUCAGCCAAACAACUUUAGAACAAGUAUACUUGAAAUUUGCACAUUAUGAAGAUAAAGAAGUAUUGGAAAACAUUACAGUUUAAAUUGAAUCAUUCAACUGCGCUUUUAUCAAAAUACGUAUAAGUACUUAAGUUUAAAUUUUAACUGUUUAAGUUUUGGAAGUUGUGUCACUGGACGCUCCUUUCUCUCAAGU